GGUGCCAUUUUUUAAAAUAAGAUGUAUUAUUUCUAUAGUUCUCCGGUUAUUGCACUAGUGAUGGAGGAUUAUGUUAUUUUAGAGGGCACUCCCUCUAUUCUUAAAGAGUAAUUCCUGGACUUGCCUUCGCUUAGUAGCGCCCCUAGUCAUAGAUCGUUCCCUUCUCAAUGGCGGCGGGUAACGAUGAAGACGAGGGUGGCGGUGGAGGGGAUAGGGAUCCUGAUCACUACUUUGGUGAAGUGAACUCAAACUCUGGUGGGAGGAGGAGCGCGGAGAAAGCUUUGGAGGAAGCAGCAAGCACCGGGAACCUUAAUUUAUCUGGUCGACGCCUGAAGGAGCUUCCAUGUAACGCCAGGAGCGCCGAUUUGACCGAUAUAACUCGAGCUGAUCUUUCCAAAAACCGCUUCUCUGAAGUUCCUGGUGACAUCUGCCAAUUAGUAUCACUGGAAUCCCUAAACCUACAUCAUAAUUGUCUACGCACUUUACCCUCUGCUAUAGAAAACCUCCAGGCCUUAACUUAUCUAAACAUUAGCCGGAAUCUGUUGUCCUCUCUGCCCUCCUGCCUCUGUCGUCUCCCUCUCAAUGUUUUAAUCGCCAGUAACAACAAGCUCACCUCGCUGCCGGAGGAUGUGGGAGGAAUGACAAACUUGCGCCAGCUGGACGUUAGCUGUAAUGACCUUCAGACACUUCCACCACAAGUGGGAUCCUUGGAGUCCCUGCGGGAUUUAAAUGUCAGAAGGAACCAACUCACUGUGUUGCCUGAGGAACUUUCCGAGCUGCCUCUAAUCCGCCUUGACUUCUCCUGUAACCGUGUAAUCCGAAUACCUGUCUGUUAUCGUCACCUACGUCAUCUCCAAUCAAUCAUACUGGACAACAACCCUCUGCAGUAUCCACCUGCCCAGAUCUGUCUAAAAGGAAAAGUUCACAUUUUCAAGUACCUGAACAUUGAAGCUUGUAGUAAACCUAUGUCAGACCUGGGAGGGUUUGAGAAGCUCAGCCGUCCUACAAGCUUUACUACAUGUCUCACAGAUGAUAUUUAUUCUGCACGGCCGUACGGAGGGCUUGAUUCUGGCUUCAACAGUGUGGACAGUGGAAGCAAGAGGUGGUCGGGCAAUGAGUCUGCAGAUGAAUUCUCAGAUCUUUCCUUCAGAAUAGCUGGUCUGGGGAGAGAUACACGGCAGCUACGGGAAAAGCAGAAUGGAGAGGGAGACACAGAACAUGUUGAUUUUAUUGAGAGCAGCACAAAUGAAGAAGAUGAGGACACAAAAUCAGACUAUGGCCUUCAUAUGACAGUCACGCCUCAGGAUAAGCGGAAACCUGUUCAGCACUCUACACCCAAGACAGAAGAGAGAACCCUCAUUUGUGGACCAAUUCCUUCUCCUCCCUCUCCUGGUUCUCGGCAAGAUCUUCCUGCAGAGGAGAGGCGCAGGCCAGAGACCCUACUGCUUUGGAAGGAGAGGGAGAGACAGCAGCUACAGCAGAAGCAGGACGCUGCAAGGAGGCAGUCUGUCGAUAGGAAAGAGAGUUUACUUAAAAGUGUCUGUCAUCCAUCUCCAACACAAAAUGACGUUGCUAGUGCAUCUUCUGAAAAUGGCAUAAUCCAGCAACCCAGACUGCGAAGUCAGGGUACUCAAGCUGGCACGCCAAACCCAACUUCUCCUACCUCUUUGUCAACAGAUCCAUCUCAAAUUUCUAAUCAAAAGCCCAGCAGCUUCCUCUUCAGAUCCUACUCCCGUGGAGCAGUGCGUAAUGCAGUAGAACAGAGCUCUACAGAGCAACGCAGUCCUGUAAGGUUGCGAAACACUCGGAGUCCUCUAGAUGAGAAGUCUCUACUAACACAACUCCGCAAGGAGAUAGAGUCUCAUUUAAAUAUCACUCUCGGGGAGCCUCUUGGUGAAUGUCUUGCCAAUGGAGUAACUUUGUGCCAGCUGCUGAACCACCUGCGCCCACGCACCAUUCCUUUCAUCCAUGUGCCCUCUCCUGCAGUGCCCAAACUGAACCCUGUGAAAUGUAGGCGAAAUGUAGAUAAUUUCCAGGAUGCCUGCCGCAGGAUUGGGGUCCCUGAGCGAGAUCUCUGCUUGGCCUCUGACAUCCUGGGAGGCGAGCACCCACUCAUCGUACAAAGGAUGGUCUCUUCUCUACUGCUGUUGCCACCAUCCACAGAUGUUCCCUUGUUUCCUGCCAUCUCUGCCCCCCAAACCACCAGAACAGACUCUUGCUCACCUUCAUUGUUUCUUACCAACAGCGGCUUCCUACUGUUCUACACUCUGCUCAUGCUGACGCUAUAUGCAGUUUACUGCAAGCUUUAUCUACUGUUAGCUUUGUGAGGAUAGGCAAGAUCAACACAAAACAGUGAAUCCUCAUAUUCUAUUCUUUGCGGUUAGGCCCUACCGGCUUGGUAUCUUUUUCUUUUUUUGGGUAAGGUUGUGAGAAACCAUUAUAAAUCACUAUAAAUCGCUUCCUGCAAUGUCAUACAUUAGGCUGACUAGUAUAGAACUGACACUGUGCUGUAUAUUUCGUUUUACAGUAUAAAAGGUGACAUCACUUAUGAGUUAAACGCCCACCUUUUACUAAUUUCCCAUGUUCACAGCAGAAUGCACUUUAUCUGUUGAUAUGUUCAAUAUGGUGCUGCCUCCAAACGACGUAUUUUGGUAGCAUUAUUGCUUGAUUAAAAUAAUCACCUAUAACCACUACUAUAUGAAGAAAAAAACACUAGUCCCCUCACCUAGGUUGUCUGACACUAAACACUGCCUGGACCGAGAUUUCUUUUUAUGCUACACUUACUAUGUAAAUGUAAAACAUCCAACUCGCCACAUUAAUCUGUGACAAGAAUUGAAAUAUCUUUGUCCAAGAGGCAAAAACGACUCCACUGUUCCCAGGGCCAUUUUGGCUAUAUGCGUUAUCCUUUGGUGCCUUACACUCUGUGUCUCAUUCAUCUUCAUCAUAGAACUAAUUGGCUCUAUACUCAAAUUCAAAUAAAAAAUGUAAUCUUUAGGUAAAGUCAGUCAGACACUACUGCUCAUUAAGCCAUAUCUUUUAAACCAAGGUUUUAGGUUUCUAGCUUUUAUUUGUAAUAUGGAUAAGCCAAAUAUGUGCCUUUAUUAACAAACACUGACAACUGCUCCAAAGAUAGAACCACAGUGUCAUAUUGAGUUAGAUGUGUCUUUCUGGUAUAUAAUACCUGCUUAAUAUUCCCUUUUUGUCUUGACAUUGUCAGUCUAGAACAAAGAUUUGAAUAAUCUAUAUACUAAAAUAUAGGUUGUUGCAGAUUGUGAUUGUACGGCCUUCUCCAUAUGUUUAGCCAGUGGCUACAACUGGGCUGUUUAAUAUGAGGAUACAAUCUCACACACAGAUUCCAGCAUUUAAAGAGAUUACACAUAUUGUGGUUAAAUAGCUGUCAUGUGUAAUAACCCUUUAUUAGUUAGGUUUCCUUUUCACCUGGGAUUUCUAUGGUGACGUAUUCUAUCUUCCUCAGCAAAAAUGGUUACACAUAACCUCAUCAUUUUUCGUAGUAAAUCACCGUAUCACUUUAAGGGCUCUUGGCCAUAUAUGCCCUAUACUCAGUGCGCCUACUUUAUGUGUAAGUUCAGGCAUAGGUGUAAUGAAUACGUAUACUGUAUAAGGUUUUAUUGCCUUAACUUAGAAAUAUAUUUGUAAUUAUUAUAGUAUAUACAAUAAGAAGUAAUGUUUAAUAAAGCACUGACGACCUUAAAAGAGAGGUCUGUGCUAAAACACACACACACACGGGCUAGCCUGGGCAUAACACUAAUAGUUGAUGCUCUGUGUGCCAUGUAUAGUAAUAGGGGUACCUGUAUGCUUUCACUGAAUUGACACGCUGUAUAAUAAUGCUAGGUAUACACUGAAAGAGAACUUUAUGCUGCUUUAUUGUAAGUAAUUUUAUUUAUCCAUCAGUUUUAUUUAUGAUUAAAUCUUCUUGUAAAGAAUAUUUGUGUGUGGCUGCAAUAUGAGCUUGUCGUUAAUAAAAUGGGUUUGUGUCUUAAAGCCACUGUGGCUGAAUGCAGUUCUCAAAAGCACAGGUGGGUCAAAUAUAAAAUCUGACAAUUACUAUUCGGUCUGUGAUAAAACCGCAGUAUCUAUAAAGGGACAUUAAACACUACAUAAAUGGUUUAUAGAAUGAUGUAAAAGCAAAGAUUUGCCUAAGAAUAAAAUAUGUAGAUAGAUUUACUAAUAAAUAUUAUUAGUUUAAAGAUGGAGUGUGUAAAGUUUUAAUGUCCAUAAAAAGGUGCCGCCAUGUUGUAUCAUAGGCUUCCUUCUCUGCUGAGACCCAUUAGGGGACAGUUAUAAAUGGGUCACUAAAGUAUACAACGGAAAAUUGCAGUGUUAAGUAUGGAAACUGUCUUUCUACUUUUUACUGGAAUUGGAAAGCCGACAAUUCUCCGAAUUAAAUUACAGGAAAAGAGGUCAGAAUAAAUAAUACAAGUAUACUGCAAAGGGUUUUUUUUUACCAAGAUAUAAUUUAAAAUUUUCUAUCAGAGUGUUUAAUGUCCCUUUAAGCUUUGCUGUGCAUUAAUAAUGGUCAUAUACAGAUGUACUAUGUCAUGGUUUCAACAACCUACUGAACCUUUUGUCCAAAAAUAGUGUUCCCUCUGCUUUGAAACUUUCUCUGCUUUUGGUUAAAAUCGUGUCACAUGGUCACAAUUAGUAAAAAAAAAAAAAAAAAAUUAUUUAGUUAUACAUAGAAAAUAUGGUUUCAUAACAAACCAUUUUAGCUACAUAGUUAAUAAUUGUGAACAAUAAAGUACAUUUGAAGGCUAUAAAUGUAGCCAUUAUUGUUUAAACCAUAUCACAAAUACCUCUCUAUAUGACUUCUCUAAUUACUGCAAAUGUAUUUCCUGCAUGAUGAUUGGUUAGUUUGACAUCCUUUUGCCUCACCUUACUUUAUAAAAGCUAUGCUGUGAAACUGAACCCAUUUAUUAUUUUUUUAAUGUGACAAAUGUGUGGGCUAACCAUUAAAUACUUUCUUUUCUUUCUAAAACUUUAACAUCUUAAUUUAUCUAUUUCAUUUCUACCUCCUCAUCACUGUCUGUAGAUGUCUGAUAGCUCCUUUUCCCUGUCCUUAUCUGUCUCUUCCUUCCAGGAAGCUCUGUGUUCUCCCCAUGACAUCUUGGAUUGUGAUGGGGUGAUCCGAUUGUUCAUGACCCUCCAGUCAAUUCUGCAGCUGUGCUCAGCCUCCCCCAGAUAAUGAAAAAAACUACUCUCCAACAUCUGAAUGGAAACCCUAAACCAUUGAUUUUUUUUAUUUAAAGGAAUAAAAUCUCAGGGAAAGAGACUAUUUUGGUAACGGCCAAGUUUAAGAUCUUGCAUUGUAUUUUUUAUUUGUUCUGAGUUAAACUUUUAAAAUAAAAGUAUAUGCAAAUGUA